UUCUGAGGACUAGAGAGUGAAGCCUCGCAGUCCCUCCUCCUAAACCUUGUCUCUUCCUCACGUUUAAUUUUAAUUUUUUAUUUUUAUUUUUGGAAAGUCGAGAAAAGGGCAGAGUGGAAGGCAAACAGCAGAACGAACAAUGCUUUGCAUAAUGUUUCUACUCCUCCUCGUUGUUCCUCAGGUGUUGUUCUCCACGACACACGUCGCAGUGAUCUCCCCUCAGGAUCCAGUCCUGCGUAUCGGCUCCAGUCUGACAGCCACGUGCACGCUGAGCCCUGAGCUCGGCCUCCACGCCGGCACAUUGUACUGGACGCUGAACGGGAUGCGUCUGUCCAGCAGCACCUACAGCUUGGUGUCCUCCGACAUCCUGAGCGUCACUCUUCACAACCUGAACGGCUCCCAGCAGCAGUCUGGAGACAACCUGGUGUGUCACGGAGCAGAUGGACACGUCCUGGCCGGUUCUUGUCUCUAUGUGGGCAUGCCUCCAGAAAAACCGGUCAAUUUAACAUGUUGGUCCCGCAACACAAAGGACUUGAGCUGCAGGUGGAGUCCAGGGGGGGCGGGUGAAACCCACAUCCGAACCAAAUACACCCUCAAGUACAAAUUGAGGUGGUACGGGAGAGAGAAGGAGUGUGAAAAUUACAGCUCCGGGAAGCAGCGUUACUCCUGCUACAUCCCCCGCAACCUCGCCCUCUUCACCCCGUAUGAGAUCUGGGUGGAGGCGACCAAUCAGCUGGGCUCUGCCACCUCUGACAUCACCACCCUGGAUAUCCUGGAUGUAGUGACCACAGACCCUCCUGCCAACGUGCAGGUGAGCCGAGUGGGCGACCUCGACGACCAGCUGACGGUCCGCUGGGCCAGCCCCCCCGAGCUCAAGGACAUCCUUUUUCAGGCCAAAUAUCAGAUCCGCUACAGGCUGGAGGACAGCGCUGAAUGGAAGGUGGUGGAUGAUGUUGGUAACCAGACAUCGUGUCGGCUGGCUGGCCUUCGGCCCGGGACUGUCUAUUUUGUCCAAGUGAGGUGCAACCCAGUGGGCAUCUAUGGCUCCAGGAAGGCUGGCAUCUGGAGUGACUGGAGCCACCCGACCGCCGCCUCCACUCCCAGCAGUGAGCGUCUGCAGAGUGGCUCGUGUGAUCCUAAGCCCGGGGAGCAGAAUUCCACCCUGCGGCGCGAACUCAAGCAGUUCUUCGGCUGGGUCCGCAAGCACGCGUACGGCUGCAGCGGCAUGUCGAUCAAACUGUACGAUCAGUGGCGGGUGUGGCUGCAGAAAUCGCACAAAACGCGCAACCAGGUAGGUAAGCACAAUCUCUCUUUUCAUUGGCACUGCUGAGUUGCUCUCACAAACACACACACACACACAGACUCAUUAACAGCCACUGCUGCACUGAUGUCCUCAACUGAAUUUCUGACCCGGGCCU